AUGUCACCUCCUGCGAUGGCGCCAGCUUUGGGCUCCUCCACAAAAGAAUACAAGGGGGAAUCGGGAACUGCAAGAUUAUUAGGUUCAGGAUCAGCAGGCGUCGCGGAACUACUCGUUUUCCACCCUGUCGACACAAUCGCCAAACGACUGAUGAGUAACUCGAGCAAGGUCACCUCUGUCUCGACCUUCAAUAAUGUCAUUUUCAAAGAAUAUGCCUCCGCCCCCGUCAUUACCAAAUUCACUUCCUUAUUCCCUGGCCUGGGUUACGCCGCUGGCUACAAGGUCCUACAGCGAAUAUACAAGUACGGCGGCCAACCCUUCGUCCGAGACUACUUAACACAACACCACGCCCAAGAUUUCGACAUGGCUUUCGGGAAAGGAACCGGCAAAGCAAUGCUGAACGCUACUGCGGGUUCAUUGAUUGGUAUCGGCGAAAUCAUCCUCCUUCCUCUGGAUGUGCUGAAGAUCAAACGACAAACCAAUCCAGAAGCGUUCCGAUCACGGGGCUUUUUCCGCAUUGUUGCGGACGAAGGUAUGGGUUUGUACCGAGGCGCGGGAUGGACCGCAGCAAGAAAUGCCCCGGGGUCAUUCGCACUCUUUGGCGGCUCUGCAUGGGCUAAAGAGAAACUCUUUAAACUCGAGGACUACAAUAAAGCGACCUGGGGUCAAAACUUUGUGGCCUCGGUGGCCGGUGCAUCGGCAAGUCUCAUCGUCUCAGCUCCACUCGAUGUGAUCAAGACGCGAAUCCAAAAUCGAAAUUUUGAGAAUCCCGAGUCUGGGUUCAGAAUCGUGGCUAGCAUGAUGAAAAAUGAAGGCAUCACAAGCUUUUUCAAAGGUCUUACGCCCAAGAUGCUCAUGACUGGGCCGAAGCUUGUGUUUAGCUUCUGGUUAGCACAGACGCUGAUCCCGGCUUUCGGCAAGGUUGUGUAA